CGAUGCUGCGGCAACUGCUGGGGUUGCGCGUGCCUGUGAUCCAAGCGCCAAUGUAUGGCGUGUCGACGCCAGCCCUUGUGGCCGAGGUGGCCAAGCAUGGGGCGCUGGGGUCGUACGGCGCUGGUGUCCUUCCUCCUGCCGACGUGCGGAAGGACUUGACGGAGAUUGUGCGGCUCGUCCCUGACAAGCGCUUUAACUUCAACGUGUUUGUCGAAACGUCGAUGCCUUCGGCAGUUAAUGACUCUGCUUCCAACUGGGACGCCUACGACAGACUGCUGCAGCCAGUGCGGGCGGCUUUGCACCUCGAGGGACCCACGGUGUCGCCCGAAGUUGGGUCUAGCACGGCGACUACUUCGUUCUUGGACGAGCACCUUGCGUUAGCGCAAGAGUUCCGGCCGUCGGUCGUUAGCUUUUGCUUUGGCGUACUGGAUCGCGCGGUGAUCCGCGACUUGCAAGCAUUCUCGUUGGUCGUGGGCACCGCUACGUCCGUGGAAGAAGCUCAGGUGUUGGUCGACGCUGGUGUCGAUGCCAUCGUGACCCAAGGCAGCGAAGCGGGAGGACAUCGCGGCAGUUUUCUUACGACGUCACAUCCCAUCGAUGCGCUAAUCGGUAGCAUGGCGCUGAUUCCUCAAAUAUGCGAUGCCGUUGGUCGCAGUCGCGUGCCAGUGAUAGCCGCCGGUGGCAUAUCGGAUGCUAGACAUGUCCGGGCGGCGCUGGCAUUGGGGGCCGACGCGGUGCAAGUCGGCACGGCCUUCGUGGGCACCCCCGAGUCUGGCGCCCCGGCCGUGUGGAAGGCAGCAUUGGGGUCCCAAGCCAACAGCCAAUCCACAACCGUGACGCGCGGCCUCACGGGGCGCCCCGCCCGAAUGUUUCGGAAUGCGCUCGUGGAGGUCCUCCAGCCGUACGAAGAGUUGGCCGCGUCGAGUCCCCGCCAGCGCCAUCGCAUGCGAGAUAUCUUUCAGCGAAAACAGGCCCAAUACAUGGCGCUCUUGGCCGGUCAAAGCCAUCGAAUGUGCGACGCACACACGACGGUGGAAGCGGUGCUUCGUCGCCUCGUCGAGUAGUCUACUAACGUUAGUUGAACCUUGUGGCAUGUGCUAAGCUUACCAGCAUGCACAAAUACGAGUGCUAAAUAAUAUAUAUGGUGGU